CAAGAGGCCCAACCCAAUCCUGCAAAGACAAAAAAAAAGGAUAAGAAGGUAGAAAGUUCAAAUACAUCGACUAUUAGGAGGAGCCCUAGGUUUAAGAAGACAGAAACUGAACAAAGGGAGGAGAGUCCACCUAGGAAAGCCUCAGCUAAUGCUAAAGUGUUGAGGUUUGAUGAAGAAAAGGAUGAUGGAUGUGAAGGAUCUGGUUAUUCAAGUUCAGAUUUGAGUGAUGAGGGACAAGAUUGGGAACCUGGUGAAGAAGAAUUUGAUGAAGGGGAUGAGGAAUGGUAUAUUGAAGGGUCAAAGGAGAUCUUGGCCAAAGUGAACAAGAGCCUUAGGAAAGGUUUGGAGAGUGCAGUAGAUGACAGGGUUGGCAAAGAUAAGAGAGUAGAGUUGAGAAAUGAUUUGGAUGUUGGAAAACCGAAGGUGAAUCCAGAAAGUGAUGCUGAUUCAGAUGAUUCAAGGAGUUUGUGUGGAUCUGAUGAGGAACAGGACUAUGCUCCUUGGUUUAAUGCUGAUGUGGACUUUGACAACCCAAUCAAGUUGAAGUUAAAUCAGAAAUUCAGUAAUGCUUCAGUCUUGAGGAGGGCCUUAAGACUUCAUGCCAUUCAAAACAGGUAUGAGUUCUACUACUUGCAUAAUGACAGUAAAAGGAUUACAGUUCAGUGUAGAUAUAGAUGUGGCUGUGAGUUCAAUAGCUACACUUGUAGAAUGCCUGCUUGUACAUGUGUGGGGGGGGGUAAAGUGUCAGUUCAAGGUGUUUGCAUCAAAACUUGUUAAGCAGCAAACUUGGCAAAUCAAAACCUUGAAUUUAGACCAUUCCUGCUUCAGAGUAAAGAAGAACAAGAUGCUUACUGCUGAAUACAUAGCAGAGAGGUAUUUAGAAGAGUUUAGGAGUAACCCUGGUUGGAGAAUUAAGGAGAUUAGGGCUAGGAUUUUGAAUGAUUUAGGAGUUGAUGUGAGUUACUAUAAGGCAUGGCUAGCUAGGUGUAGGGCAAAACUACUGAUAUUUGGUUCAGCUAGGGAGCAGUAUGCUAGGGUGUGGGAUUAUGGGAAAGCUGUGAUGAAGUACAACCCUGGUUCAGGGUGCAAUGUUGUUGUUGAUGGUAUUGACAGGCCAGAGCCACCAUUGUUCAUGAGGAUGUUCAUCUGUUUAAGGCCAUUGAGAGAUGGAUUUGCAAAGGGUUGUAGGCCUUUAAUAGGGUUGGAUGGUUGUCACCUCAAGGGUGCCUUUCCUGGGCAAAUUCUGGUGGCAGUUGCUAAGGAUGGGAAUAACAACUUGUUUCCUCUAGCUUGGGCCACAGUGGAGAUUGAAAACCAGGAAACUUGGGGUUGGUUCUUGGAAUCCCUUAUGUCAAUGUUCACACAUGAUCAAGGAGCUGGGCUGACCAUCAUGUCUGACAGGCAAAAGGGUUUGAUUAAAGCAAUGGCUGAUGUUAUUCCCAAAGCUGAGCAAAGGUUUUGUGUGAGGCAUAUUUGGGCUAACUUCAAGCUCAACUUCACUGGAUCAACCUUUAAGGAGCUGUUUUGGAGAGCAGCUAGGGCCACCACCAUUUUUGAGCAUGAAAUUGCCAUGGAGUCUAUCAAAUUCCUCGAUGAAGAGGCAUAUGAGUAUUUAAUCAACAUUCCUCCCCACCAUUGGUCUAGACAUGCAUUCACACCAAACUGCAAGUCCAACAUGUUGUUGAACAACAUGUGUGAGACUUUCAAUGCAGUCAUUAGGCCUGCCAGAGAUAAACCUAUCCUCACCCAAAUGGAAUGGAUGAGGAGGUAUAUUAUGAACAGGAAUAAUGAAAAGUGGGAGGAUUCAAAAACAAUUACACACAACUUAGUGCCAUAUGUGAGGCAUGUUCUGGGGAGGAUAGACUUUGUGGCUAGGUCCUGUGUGGUGCAGCCAUCCAGAGGGAAUACAUUUGAGGUGCAGCUGAAGGAUGACCAGGUGUUGGUUGAUUUGGACAAGGAGACCUGCACAUGUUACCAUUGGGAACUCACUGGCAUUCCAUGUGUUCAUGCUUAUGCCUGCAUAUUGGAUAUGAGGGGUGACAUAGAGGCUGUUGUUGACCCAUACUAUACCAUGGACACAUACAGGUCUGCUUAUGAACCAGCUGUCCAACCAAUGCCUGGCCCAAAGCACUGGGAGAGAGUCAGAAUGAGGGAACCACUACCCCCUUCUGUUAAGGUGCAACCUGGGAGACCAAAGAGCAAAAAAAGGAAGCUUGAGCCAGGAGAAUGUUCUUCUUCAGGUGGUCAGGCAAGUACCAAGAGGAAGAAGCAAUGCAGCAACUGUGGGGGAUAUAGGCAUUAUGCCAAGACUUGCAAAGUACCUGCUGCACCAGCUACAGAGCUGAUAAAGUCAGCAGGCAGACCCCCACUGAACACUCCUUGGAUGGUGGAGGAGAGGAAGAAGAAAGAGAUUAGGGCUGCUAAAAAGAGUGCAAUUGGGGCUGGACCAAACAGCAUAGGAAACAAAAAGUUUCCUCAAGAGCAAGAAGGUUGUCUGCCAUUCAGCAAGCGCCCACAGCCACAGUCUUCCUCAGCUAAGCAUUCCUCAGCUCAGCCAUCCUCUAGUCAGCCAUCCUCAGCUCAGCCUUCCUCAAGUCAGCCUGCCUCAAGCCAACCAAAAAGAAAGACAAGGUCUUCCUCAAGUCAGCCUACAACAGCCACAGGUGUUGUAACAAGGGCCAGGCUGCAAUCCCUCAACAACCUUACUCAGUGAUGUACUCAUGCUGGAUAUCAAACAUUAUGUCUGUUGAACAAUUUCAAACUUUUAUUAUGUACUCAUGACUGGUUAUGUAACUUGCUAGUUUUUUAGUGGCUUCCCUUAACAAAUUUGAACAAUUAGAUAUUGAAUUGUAAUGGUUGCAUGGCUUUGAUUGCCAUUGAAACAUGUUGAAGUAA